UAUAUUUUGUUGCGGAUGAGAGUGCCGUUGUCUGCAUAUGACACAUUUUUGUUGAACUGAUAACAAGUGCGAUUCAAUCAUUAAACAUGAGACGUCUGUAUUUAUACGCCCAUUACUAUUUACAACUCAAUUAGUAUUGGUGUUGAUACAACGAGGCGAACAAUAAAGAUGAAGGUCCCGAGUGCUGCUCUUCUCAUAUCAGUUUUUUGUUUUUCUCACGCUGCAGACAAAGUGAAGGUCUCAGUAUACUAUGAAACCAUAUGUUCUGACUGCAAAAUUUUUAUAAGGGACCAGUUGCAAGGGACAUACGAUUCCCUCUCACAAUAUAUAGACCUGGACUUGGUUCCAUUUGGAAAGGGAUCGGCCGAGAAAAACGGGGACAAAUGGGAAAUCGAAUGUCAACAUGGCCCUAAGGAAUGCUAUGGCAAUGCAUACCAUAGCUGCGCAGUUAAAAUCGCUCCGACAGCUACAGCUUUGGCUUUCGCAACGUGCACUUUUUCGCAGGAUGACCCCGCAUCAGACGAUGUUAUCAAAAUGUGUGCCAAGGACGCAGGUAUAUCCUACAAUCGUCUAAAGCACUGCAAAGAGACCAAAGGGAACGAACUCCUAGCGGCAAAUGCAGAUAGAUCAAGAGGAGUAGGUUAUGCAACUGUUCCUGCAGUUGCAUUCGACGGUACCUACGAUGUCAUGAACAGCAUGAUUGCAACCACGAGUAUGAAGCAACUGACUUGUUCCUUCCUUGGUGAUGCUCCUGCUGAUUGUAAAACUCAAAUGUGACAAUGUAUAUUAAAUUGAGGGUUCAAGUUGCUUACCUUUAAAUAUUUAUAGUUCCUGACUAACCCUGUGAUACGCCUAUUGAGAGUGUUCAUCGCCUCGUAUUCA